AUGUACCAAUGGCUGCUCGCGGUCCUCCGCGCCCUCCGCGACGCCGCCCGCCAGGCCCCGGCCUCGGCCCUCGCCCUCAGCCCGGAGCCGCCGCGCCGAAAGAAACCGGCCCCCAGUGUUCUGUCACCUGUGGAAGAUCCUGAGGAGAUCCCUGCAAAGAGGCCAAAAACAGAAUGUCUCUCUGGGACUAACAAGGAGCCUGAAGAGGUCUCUGUGGCUGCCAAGUUGCCACAGAAGGCAACAAGUAGAAGCCAGGAGACUGAAGAGAGAGAUGACUUUUCCUUCUCUGAGUCUGAAGAUGAGGUUGUGUACAUUUCUUCUGACUCUUCGUUUGUAGCAUCUGCAGAGGAUGAGGACGCAACAGAACCUGACGAAAUGCCUUGUGACACCAACCCGUGCAUGACUGAGGAAUCACCAUCCUCUCUUUGUAAGAGAGUUCCAUAUCUGAGCCUGAGCAGGAAUAACCACAUCCGAGCUGCUCCUGAGAGCCCUGUCACACCCAGGCCCCCCAUCAAGGAGCCAGGUCCCCACUCUCCAGGAGUCAGUGGCACCAGGAGGCCUUUGUGUGCUGCUGAAGAGGAUGUUCAGCAAGCAGAAAAUAAGAAAUACAAAGAGCUCUUGAGUCUGUUCAAAGAGAAAUAUUCUGGAAGACUUACUUCUCCACGAUCAGCAAGACUCAACAAAGUUCAAACCAAGGAACCAGGGAUGACUGGGAGUCCCCUGAAAGAGCAAAAACCCAGAGGUGCCUCUCCACCUGUGCCACAAAGGACCAGUGUCAAACAUGGGGAUGUUUUCAGCCCCCAGCUGCCUCAGAGGGGUGUCAUGAUCAGUUACUACACACCACCAGAAGACUCUCGUGGUCAGGGAAAGCGAGAGAAACGAGCUGCUUCAGUGGGCCAGCGUGAAGCUGAGGUCCCCCAAAGAAAGUUGUUCCAGUUCCAUGUGACACCUGUCCUGUCCAAAGACCUCUUCUUUGUGGACAGUGAGCCACUGCCAUGCCUGGAAAAGCCAGGAGAUGACCUGGCUCCUCUGACAGAGGCCAUGGAGAGUGAGAUCUCUGCUGCCUUUGACAGUGGUGAGCCUGAGGACAUCCUGAGCAGGGCCUUCAAGCUCACUGUCACCCGUGAGGACAUCUGCACCCUGCAGCCCCUGGGCUGGCUCAACGACAGGAUCAUGAAUUUCUACAUGGGUCUUCUGGUGGAAAGAAGCAAGAAGGAAGGAUAUCCAGCAGUCUAUGCUUUUAAUACCUUCUUUUAUUCCAAGCUGAGCUCUACUAGCCACAAGGGAGUAAAGAAAUGGACUAAAGGUGUGGAUAUCUUUGAGCAUGAUGUCAUCUUGGUGCCUAUUCACCUCAGAAUUCACUGGACACUGCUGGUUGUAGACCUCCGAGAGAAAACCAUCAAAUACUUUGACUCCUUGGGACAGAAAGGAGACCACAUUUGUAAAACUGUCUUAAAAUACUUGGAAGAGGAAAGCAGGGAAAAAAGAAACAUUGAAUUGACUGCUUCUGAGUGGACUCUUCACAGCAUGGGCACAGAGGAGAUCCCUCAACAAAACAAUGGAAAUGACUGUGGAGUUUUUGUUUGCAAAUUUGCUGAUUUCAUCUCCAGAGACAAACCCAUCAUCUUCACCCCGGAACACAUGCCUUACUUCCGCAGGAAGAUGGUGUGGGAAAUAAUCCAUCAGCAGCUGCUGGGAGACAUGCACUGUUAGGGAAACACUGUUCUGUGAAAGAGUAGUAUUUAUUUCCUAUUGUUUAGCUGAGAUAAGAUAAAUAUUAACUUAUGUAAGAGCCUUAUUGUAUGGGAGGUUACUUGUUAAUAGAGUAAUUUAUUUUUUAAUUGAAAACUGA